CCAAUACAGGCAUCAGCUAUUACAUUACACUAGUUUAUAAAAAUAAGAUGUCCAUUUAAAUGCAUUAGAUGCAGACUUUAUUUGUAAGAUUAAACUUUCUUACAUGGUUCUGUGGAUUAUUUAGUCUCCUUUAAGGUUCUUAAUAUCAGUUAUAUUUACAUUUAAAAGUUAAAAAUGCACCAAGAAGUAAAAUAUUCAAACAGACAAGAUGCCAAAAAUUGGCAGCUCACAAGCACGGGUGUUGGUCAUCACUACAGACCCGGGUACUUUUUCCCAGAUUCUGACUUCAAGACCUUGCUUAGGGAACCUCUUCCUCCUACUCUGGCAAAAGAAGAUGAGGUGACAAAAGAUAAGCCAUUUUUAACCACAAAUGAGUACUUCUUUGACCGCAAAUAUCCUGGACUUCUGUACAAAGAUCCAGAACAUAAAAAAGCACCUGGUCACUGGAAUGUAACAUAUAUGAAAGAUCUGACUGAAAAGUUAGGGCAAGGUGGGUGGCGACGUCCAUUAACUAUGGGAAAUCAACUUAGUGAAAUGAAAGAUCAGUAUCAAGCAAAACAACCCGAAGUCAAAGAUAAAUACAAAUUUGAAGAAGUAUACUAUCCACAAAAUUUUAUACUACAAGACCACCACAAAGAAGGACCGUCUAAGGUUGGCGCUGCCAGUACACAGAACCCUAAGCUGCAAGGAAAACCAUUUUAUGUUAAGGACAAGGGAAUACUAAAUAUUUUGGACCCGUACCUGUCCACAACUCAGCGAGAUCACAGGAUGUUUACACCUGCUGAGUUAAAUGACUAUUCAAAGAAGGAUAUCCCUACUUAUUGGGAGUGUGAGAAUUAUCCUAAGGCUUGGGGUCAUGGAUUGCACCACAAUCCAUUACCUAAAGAUAAUGUUCCAAGAGAUAAACUACCUAUGAGAGAUGAAAUGAUAUUUCCAACUGCUACAAGAAUCCCUCGUAUACCAAAAUCAGCCAUACCUGUUCCACACGGUGGACUUAAAACUCUGUAUGAUGAUUCAUACCAAUUCCCAUCACAUGUCAACAUGAAAGAGAAUUAUUAUUGCCCUGUGGAUACGCCAUUCAAGUUACCAGCACCUGGAACAAAGUCUAUAUAUACAGCACCUAAAAUGUAUGACACAGAAUAUCAAAAUAUUGGAAGUAGAAGGCCUAUAACUGUGUCAAAAUGAUUUUAAAUGUUUUACCAUGUUGUCUUGUCAGCUAGGUGUGGGCCUUUAGUUUAUUAUUUGUUUUAUCAGGUUUUAUAUUGCUGUUUUCAAAAUUUAAGUUUUUAUUUAAUUACAUUACAAAAUAUUCUUUUAUUCACACCACAACAUCAUUUUUCUGAUAAUUAAGGUAAUGAGUUUAAGAUUUGUAAAAACACAUUAAAGAACUUUGUGUGGUUAAAGAAAUUUUUUAAAUAAUCAACAAAUUUGAAUUUUUUAAGAUUAUACACUUUGUUAAAUAUGUACGUGUCACAGUAUUAUAUAAUAUACACUUUUGUACAUAUGUAUGUGAUAUUUUGUUUAUACAAACAUACUAACUGCUGAGAUAAGCUAUUACAAUUAUCACAGUUUAAAGGGUUGUUUUUUUUUUUCUUUUUGCUAAUAAAUAAAUUAGUAAAACUUAUUUUGAAAGAAUGAAUUUUUAUUU